AUGAGCGUCGUUGGUGUCGAUUUCGGUACCCUCAACACCGUGAUCGCUGUUGCGAGAAACCGGGGUGUUGAUGUUAUUGCCAACGAAGUCUCCAACCGAGCUACUCCUUCCCUCGUAGGAUUCAGCUCCAAGAACAGAUACCUGGGUGAGCCUGCAAAGACCCAGGAGAUCUCCAACCUCAAGAACACCGUCAGCUCUCUCAAGCGCCUUGCCGGCCGGAGUUUCAAGGACCCCGAUGUGCAGAUCGAGCAGCAAUAUGUCUCGGCUACCCUCGUCGAUGUUAACGGCCAGGUCGGUGCUGAGGUCUCAUACCUUGGCGAGAAGAGGAGGUUCACAGCCACUGAGCUAUGUGCCAUGUAUCUGAGCAAGAUCAAGCAGACUGCCUCCACCGAGCUCAGACUUCCCGUCAAUGACCUGGUGCUGAGCGUGCCUGCCUGGUUCACCGACAUCCAGCGCCGGGCUCUGAUUGAUGCCGCCGAGAUUGCUGGCCUCAGACCCCUUCGCCUCAUCAACGACACAACCGCUGCCGCCCUCGGCUAUGGUAUCACAAAGCUGGAUCUCCCCGGUCCUGAGGAGAAGCCUCGCCGUGUCUGCUUUGUCGACAUCGGCCACAGCAACUACACUGCUUCCAUCGUCGAGUUCAAGAAGGGUGAGCUCGUCGUCAAGUCGACAGCCUACGACAGACAUUUCGGUGGUCGUGAGUUCAACUUGGCUCUGGUUAACCACUUCUCCAAGGAGUUCAAGGCCAAGUACAAGAUUGACAUUGCCACCAACCCCAAGGCUAUGGUCCGUGUUGAUGCUGCUGUCGAGAAGCUCAAGAAGAUUCUUUCUGCCAACCAGCAGGCUCCCCUGAACAUUGAGUCGCUCAUGAACGAUGUCGACGUUACUGGCAUGAUCACCCGUCAGGAGUUUGAGGCUCUCAUUGAGCCGCUCCUCAGCAGGGCUACUGUUCCUCUCGAGCAGGCUCUCGCCGAGGCCAAGCUGACCAAGGAGGACGUUGACUACAUUGAGCUUGUUGGUGGCUGCACACGUGUUCCUUCCCUGAAGGAGAGAAUCCAGGCCUUCUUCGGAAAGCCCCUCUCUUUCACUCUCAACCAGGACGAGGCUAUCGCCAGGGGUUGUGCCUUUAGCUGCGCUAUCCUCUCGCCUGUCUUCAAGGUCCGUGACUUUGCCGUUCAGGACAUCUGCACUUACCCCAUCGAGUUCUCGUGGGAGAAGGACGCCGACAUUCCUGAUGAGGACACUAGCUUGACCGUCUUCAACAAGGGCAACGUCUUGCCUUCCACCAAGAUCUUGACUUUCUACCGCAAGCAGGCCUUUGACUUGGAGGCUAGGUACGCCAAGCCCGAGGAUCUGCCCGGCAAGAUGUCGCCUUUCAUUGGCCGAUUCUCCGUCAAGGGCGUCAAGGCCGACCCCAAGACUGAGUUCAUGAUCUGCAAGCUCAAGGCCCGCGUCAACAUCCACGGUAUACUCAACGUCGAGAGCGGUUACUAUGUCGAGGACCAGGAAGUUGAGGAGGAGGUGAAGGAGGAGGGUGACGGUGAUGCCAUGGAGACCGACGACAAGAAGGACGACAAGCCCAAGACCCGCAAGGUCAAGAAGCAGGUCCGCAAGGGUGACCUGCCCAUUGUGGCUGGUACCACCUCCCUUGACGAGGCUGCCAAGAACGCUGCCGCUGAGAAGGAAGCCAACAUGGUUAUGGAGGACAAGCUUGUCGCCGACACUGAGGAGAAAAAGAACGAGCUCGAGGCAUACAUUUACGACAUGCGUAACAAGCUUGACGACCAAUUUGCCGAGCUUGCUAGCGAGGAUGAGAAGGACAAGCUCCGAUCGAAGUUGACUGAGACUGAGGACUGGCUGUACGAGGACGGAGAGGAUGCCACCAAGGCUGUGUACAUUGCCAAGAUGGACGAGAUCAAGGCCAUGGCUGGUCCCAUCAGCCAACGACACUUUGACAAGAUUGAGUCGGAGCGUGCUGCUCUGCAAGCCAAGCUUGAUGCUGAGGGUGCAGCAAAGCGUGCUGAGGCAGAGGCCAAGAAGGCUGAGGAGUCAGAGGCCAGUAAGGAUGAGCCGAUGGCCGACGCCGAUGCCCCUCAGCCCGAGACGGAGGAGAAAUAA